AUGACAGGUGACCUACACGAUAUCGGCAACUAUCGCCCAAUCUGCUUGCUGUCUGUCGUCUACAAUCUUUUCACUCGAGUCAUCCUAAAUAGUAUUCACAGAACACUAAACGAAGGGCAGCCGUGUGAGCGAGCAGGGUUUGGAGGAGUCGCGACUGUACAAAAUUUCACAACCAGAGUAUCACCAAUCUACAAUGAUAUUAACAUUGACGUCAAAAGAGGAGUUAGGCAAGGCGAUACCAUCUCGCCAAAAUUAUUUAUCGCCACACUCCAGAACGUCAUGCGAACAUUGGAAUGGGAUAAUUUGGGAGUGAAAAUCGAUGGUCGGCAAUUACACUAUCUUCGCUUUGCUGAUGGCAUCGUCCUUAUAACACCAAACAUUAGCCAAGCAGAACGUAUGCUUGCCGACUUUGAUAUAGCCUGUGAGAACAUUGGUCUUCGACUAAAUCUCACAAAAACGUUGUUAAUGGAGAACGGUUUGGUUUCGCAUGCUCCGUUCACGCUCAACGGAACGAAUAUCUCCGAAUGCUCCAGUAAAAUCUAUCUAGGUCGGGAAAUCAAUUUUGUGAACGACCUAGCUCAAGGGCUGAGCAGAAGGAGGCUAUCGGCUUGCGGAGCUUUUAAGAGCAUCGACUAUAUAGUGAAGAGAACAAGGAACACCCAACUCAGUGCCCACCUUUUCGACUCAGCAGUACUUUCUGCUCUAACGUAUGAGUUAGAAACAUCGCUGCGUAAGCAGGACGAAGCAUCACUCAGCCUUAUCGAACGCGCGGUCGAAACGACGAUGCUAGGAGUAUCCCGUUCCGCACAAGUAAGUGAUGGGAUCCGAAGCUCCGAUCUGCGUCAACGAUCAAAAAUCAAAGAUGCCGUUCUCUACGCCAAACAGUCGAAGAUAAGGUGGGCCGGACACGUAAAGCGUAUGAAUGGCAGUCGAUGGGCAAGAGUCAUUAGUGACUGUUUUCCUCGGGAUGUCAAAUGUACUGCAGGAAGACCACCGACUCGAUGA